AGCCGUUGCGCAGCGCGGGGGUGAGAGGAACAGAAAGUGACAGUCCCCUCGGGUUUGCGUUUGGGCUUGGUUUGGUUUGUUCUGUUUGUUGGUUUUUUCGGCGCUUAUUUUUGAGGGGCUCUUUUUUUUUUUUAGCCUAGAGCGGGGGAAGAGCGCGUUGCAAGGCUGUAGGGCGUUUGUCGUCUUGGCGGGGGAGGGAGAUAGUGUUACGUGGUGAUUCCUACAGACAGACUGUGCUGGGACUGCCCCAAUUCCAGUGCCUGGGGCUGGAUGGUGGUUGGAAGAGCAUUACUGGGCUGCUGUCCUGCUGGCUGGGGGCAGACGCCCAAAUCCCUGUGUCUAAAAUGAAACUCCUUGAGGGGGAAACACGCUGGAAACUGCCAAAUCCCAAAGCCCCGCUGCAGGGAGGAGCAGGGCCCUGAGCAGGAAGGUGUUCCAGCAGAGCCAUGCUGCCGGGAGCCCUUGGGGAGGUUUGGACACCUGAGCCAGCCCUCCCACCCUUCUCCCCACCCCACUCCAAGGGCCAAGGCGUGGAGGGCAUCUCGCUAAAAUGAAUCACUGCUCCGGUGGCCCGGUGUCAGCCCUGAAGCUCUGUCUCCUCUGCUCUUCCCUUCUGCCUUCGCUAGCCGGUACGUCGCUCUCAGCUAUAACCAUGGAGAACCUGCGUAACGCCAACAGCAGAUUUGCACUCGAUCUCUUCAGAAGGUUCAACGAAGUCAACCCAACAGGAAAUGUUUUCUUCUCCCCUGUCAGUGUCUCUGCAGCCCUGGCCAUGGUCCUUUUAGGGGCCAAAGGGAACACAGGGGCACAGGUGCUGAAGACGCUUCAUUUUGACGAAGUUGAAGAUAUUCAUUCAAGAUUUCAGACCCUGACUGCGGAUAUAAACAGAAGCAAUGCUCCCUAUCUCUUACGGCUUGCCAACAGGCUUUUUGGAGAGAAGUCCUACAGCUUUUUGCCGGAUUUCCUGACUAAUACUCAGAAAUUAUAUGGAGCUGAUUUGGCUACAGUUGAUUUUCUUCAGGCUUGUGAGGAAGCCAGGAAAGAAAUUAACCAGUGGGUAGAGGAGAAAACUGAAGGCAAAAUCCCUAACCUGCUGUCUGAAGGCUCAGUUGAUGUCUCGACCAGGCUUGUACUGGUGAAUGCUAUUUAUUUCAAAGGGAACUGGGCAGAGAAAUUUGAAGCAGCUGAGACCACUGACAUGCCGUUUCGGUUAAAUAAGAAUGAAACCAAGACAGUGAAAAUGAUGUAUCAGAAAAAGAAAUUCCGUUUUGGGUAUAUUCCUGAAGAGAAAUUGCGUAUUUUAGAGCUGCCUUAUGAUGGAAGAGAACUUAGUAUGAUCAUCCUGUUACCUGAUGACAUUGAAGAUGACUCCACGGGACUGCAGAAGCUGGAAAAGCAGCUUACCUUAGAGAAGCUCCAGGAAUGGACAUGCCCAGAGCAUCUGUAUUCCAGCGAUGUUCGUGUGCACUUGCCAAAGUUUAAGCUAGAAGCAAGCUAUGACCUUAGAUCAGAUUUAGCCGCCCUGGGCCUGGUGGAUGUGUUUGAUGGCAGCAAGGCCGACUUGUCAGGGAUAUCAGGGGCACGUGACCUCUUCCUCUCUAAAGUUGUCCACAAGGCUUUUGUAGAAGUCAACGAGGAAGGCACGGAAGCGGCAGCUGCCACUGCUGGCAUUGCUAUGCUCUGCAUGAUUAUGGAGGAGGAGUUCAAUGCUGACCACCCUUUCCUGUUCUUUAUUCGCCACAACCCAACACAAAGCAUCCUUUUCCUCGGCAGAUACGCUUCUCCAUAAAAGAGAACUUCGCAUUUGCACACCAGCUCCUGCUGUAGUCAAUGAACGCUUUGCUGCUGAAUGAGUUGUAUUUUGAUGUGGGAAGUUAAUGCUCCUGUCCUCAGUUCCUAGUAACUUUGAAUGAGAUUCUGCCUUUCCCAUUAAAAUAACUGCAGAAAAACUGAGGAGAAAUUUAUUUUUUCUUUCCUGAGAUUGACCUAAUCUUUAAUAACUGGGAAAAUCUUAACUGUAGGCAGAAGAAAUCUUUUUAAAUUGGACUAGAAAUACUCUGGGAAGAAACUUGUGCCUUUUAAAGCAUGGGAUCACCCUGUAUGCAUCCUUGCAUGGGUUUCACUGUGUUGACAGCCCCCUGGUGUGAUAACUUAAAAUAAUCCAGCCAUUCCUUAUGCAAGAGCAUCCUAGUAUACACGCAAAGGUAUUCCUCCCUAAAGUCUUGCUUUUCAAAGCUAUCUUAAUAAAAUACUUCUGGGCACCAAAAGACAUGUUCCUGAACAGCUGAGUUUACCCAUUUCUGUCCUGAACUAGAAGGUCAGAUAACAUUUGUUUAGAGACAUUUAUUAAUAGAGAAAGGAUUAAGCUAUUUAAACAAAAGUAACCCCUUCCAGUCAUUAGCCAAAGAACUUGCAGCUUUUGAAUGAGGAGGAGGAGAAGAAAUUAAUUACAACUUUAGGUGACACAUUUAAAAAGAAUUUUUAAAACAUAUAGUCUGGUGCCAUUUUAGUUACUGAGAAUGUGAAGUGUGUCAGGACUUAGAGGUUUUAGGUGCUUGAAACUAAUGGAUGCCUUUCUGCAAGUUCAGAAGCUUUCAAUAUGAUGUUAGAUUCUGGCCAGAUUCUAUGUGAUCCUCCAAAAAUACAUCAGCUUCCCAGAGGAUGACUGUGUAUAAUCUGCAGUAGAUACCCGAUAUGUCUCUUUAUGUACUUUAUCUAUUCAGUCUUCACAGAGCUGACUUCCCCUACCUCUUAAUGCACAAAAGCCUUAUGGCUGAAAGCCACUGUAAUUACAUACUGUUAAUGUUCUGCGUUUAUUUCUGGAGGUUAUUUGCUUGUGUACAGUACCCAAUAUAAUGUUUACCUUUACAACCUCAGUUUUAAGUGGGGCUCAAUAAUUUCUGUAAUUGCAAACUGUAUAUUGAUUUUGUCUCUAAGCAACAAAUAAAAAUCUUUUUCUUAAA